AUGUGUGGCAGCUACUACGGAAACUACUAUGGCGGCCUGGGCUAUGGCUGCUGUGGCUACAGAGGCCUGGGCUAUGGCUACGGUGGCCUUGGCUGUGGCUACAGAGGCCUGGGCUAUGGCUGCUGCGGCUAUGGCGGCCUGGGCUAUGGCUAUGGCGGCCUGGGCUAUGGCUAUGGUGGCCUGGGCUGUGGCUAUGGCUAUGGCUGUGGCUUCCGUAGACUGGGCUGUGGCUAUGGCUGUGGCUAUGGCUAUGGCUCCCGCUCUCUCUAUGGCUGUGGCUAUGGUCCUCGCUAUGGAUGUGGCUCUGGCUUUGGUUACUACUACUGA